AUGCCGGGAAAAAAAGAUUGGCAAAUUUAUGUUAAAAUACAGGCAGAAUUACGAUGUGCUGUAUUUCUUGCAAUUGAAAGUAAUAACGAUAAUGAACUGGAGGCAGAAAUGGAUGAAAGUAAAUUGGACCAGAGGUUUGGCUAUUCCAUGAUUUAUCAUUUCCUGAGACAAAAUCGAUUCCUAGCAACGGCAGCUGUCUUUGAGAAAGAAAUACAUCAGAAAAUUAUCUCCCUGGAAGAAUUGAAAAAAGAAGAUGCUGCGAAAUUAUGUUUGCAAUUUCUUGGAGAUAGCAUUAGUAUAUCCAAUUUAACCUUAACUGGAAAUGAACGAAACAUGAACGAAAUACAUUCUACUAGAAACGGAAGUAACGAAACGAGCAAAACCGACUCGAAUUUUAUCUCAUUUCUUGAAGAAAAUGAUAACAAAAAAAGCGAUGUAAAAGCUAUCGAAAGGCAACAAAUAUCUAAUUCUGAAUCGAGAACUUUAAAAAAUUUUACUUCAGAAAGUGAAUUGUCGAUUGAUGAAAAUGGAACCUCGGACAAGAGAAAGAAAAGGAGAAAUGAAAAGAUAACACAGAAUGGUCGAUCAUUCGAGAAAUCAAAUAACGAUGAUAAAGCAGAAAAAGACAAGAAAGGAAGUAACUCAAGUUCAGAGUUGUCAACGAUUUCUGAACAACCUCAACAGCAACAAAUUCCAAAGACAUUCCUAGUGUCCAAAGAUCAGCAACAACCUACCAAAUAUAACACAUCUUUGUCAUCAUCCCAUCCCAGAAAGCUUCCACCGAUUAAACCAUUAGCAAAUGAAUCAGCACAGUCAACAACACUACCUUCCAUACCAUCACUGAAUGACUCAUCAAACCAAACCAGAACAGUACCAUUUUCACGUCUGCUAGACACCAUACUAAAUUCACCAUCAUCUAACAAAAACGAAACGGAUGAGGAAAUUGUGGAGGAAAUCAUUCUCGAUGAUCUGCUGCAGUCUGAUAACAAUAGCGAUGCCACUAUUUCAUUUUGAAAUAGCUAUUAAAUCGUUUCCAAAAGCAGUAUAGGU